AUGAGUGAUUCCACGGCAAUCGCAGUCGUCGGGCUUUCCUUGGGGUUUCCCCAAGAUGUGACGACAUCAGAUGCUCUGUGGGAAUUGAUGUGGGAAAAAAGGAGCACGGCAACAAAGGUUCCUCAAGAACGACUGAAUAUAGACUCCAUCUAUCAUCCGGACCGGCAUCGACGUGGACAGGUCCCCGUAAGUCAUGGCCAUUUCAUGCAUCGCGAUCUCGCGGCCUUCGAUGCCUCCUUCUUCGCCACUUCCAUGCCAGACGCUGCGAGCAUGGAUCCGCAACAACGCUUACUGCUAGAACACACCUACACAGCACUAGAAAAUGCUGGACUCCCGAUGGAGAAAGUGACCGGGACGAAGACCUCGGUAUAUACCGGAAGCUUUUCCAUCGACUGGAUGCAGAUGCAGUAUAAGGAUGCGGAGGAGUGCAAAACUACAACUGCACUUGGCGUGCAGGCGUCAUGCAAUGCUAACAGAGUCAGCUGGUUUUUCAAUUUCAAAGGAAACAGCGCGAACAUCGACACGGCUUGUUCCAGCAGCUUGGUGUGUUUGGAUCUGGGAUGCCGGGAUCUGCAAUCUGGCAGAGAAGACAUAAGCAUCGUAGCCGGAUCCAACAUCAUCGUUUCACCAGACAACCUGCAUUCACUGAGCAACUUGAACAUGCUUUCCCCGGACGGGCAGUGCUAUAGCUUUGAUCACCGAGCCAAUGGAUACAGCAGAGGAGAAGGUGUCGCAGUCCUUGUUCUCAAACGCGUGAGCGACGCCAUCAGAGACAACGACACAAUCCGCGGCAUCAUUCGCAACACGGGGUGCAAUCAAGACGGACGCACCUCAAGUCUCACGGUCCCGAGCUCCGAUAUGCAGGCGACUCUAAUCCGAGAUACUUAUACAAAUGCGAGACUAAGCAUGGAACCAACGCGGUACUUCGAAGCCCAUGGCACGGGCACUCCCGUCGGAGAUCCAACGGAGGCAAAAGCCUUGGGGAAGGCGUUUGGUCAGGUUCGGACUGUUGAUGAUCCGUUGUGGGUUGGCUCGGUGAAGAGUAAUAUCGGACAUUUAGAAGGUGCCAGUGGUAUCGCGGGUGUCGUUAGGGCGAUGCUCGUCCUGGAGAAGGGAAUAAUUCCACCGAAUGCGAAUUUCGAGAAGGUCAAUCCGGAUAUUGACACUGAGGCUCUCAAGAUCCAGUUUCCCCUGGAGCAUACGCCGUGGCCAACCAAAGGUCUUCGACGAGCGUCGGUCAAUUCGUUCGGAAACUCUGGAACAAAUGCCCAUGUUAUCCUUGAUGAUGUCUUUCACUUCCUGGCAGAACACCAUCUAUUUGCCCACCACCUCACGGUGCAAGAUCCGCCGACGACACCCGUUCUCGAGCAAACUUCGAUCGAUGUCUCAUGCUCGCUACUGCAAUCAUCCCACAACCCGGGUUCCAAGGACAGCAGACCACGACUUCUAGUCCUCUCCGCCAACGACGAAUCCGGCAUUCGCAGACAGGUCAGCGCUUACGCCGAUCACUUCACCAAAUUCGCCGACAGGCUCGACUUCACCUACCUAGACCACCUUGCCUAUACGCUGGCAUCGCGCCGAAGCUCAUUAGCGUGGAGGACUACCGCAAUAGUGAGCUCUGUACAGGACCUGACGCAACUAGGCCGCACGAUAUCUCCGGCGACACGAUCAAAGCCCUACCCUGGCCUCGUCUUCGUUUUUGCAGGCCAAGGCGCGCAGUGGGCCGGAAUGGGACGCGAUCUCAUGACGCUAUUCCCAGACUUUAACCAAAGCCUGGAGCGGUCAGAAGACGCACUCUUCGAGCUCGGGUGUUCGUGGAAUCUACGCGACGAGAUCUUACGAGAGCACGACUCCAAGAUUAACGCGCCCGAACUUGCUCAGCCCUGCUGUACUGCGAUUCAGAUUGCCUUGGUGGAUCUCCUUCGCAGCUUCAAGGUGGAUGCGAAGGCGGUCAUAGGCCAUUCGUCGGGCGAAAUUGCAGCGGCGUAUUGUUCUGGAUUCAUAUCUGCUGAAGCGGCGUUGAAAAUCGCAUACCAUAGGGGUGCCGUCUGUUCGGCUCUGGCGUCGGGUGCGUUGGGGCUGAAAGGGACGAUGAUGUCUGUCGGUCUAUCGGAGGGAUAUUUUCCGUCGUACCUCGAUGAGUUGAAGACUCAGCUUGGGGAGGUCGAUCUGGUCGUGGCUUGCGUUAACAGUCCAAGCAAUGUGACUGUUUCCGGGGAUGUCCGACAUAUCGACGCCUUGAAGGCCAUCUUGGACCGCAGGGAGGUCUUUGCCCAGAAGCUGUCUGUCGGCGUUGCAUAUCAUUCUGCCCACAUGCUGCGCGUGGAAGAUCAAUACCGGGACGCUAUAAGGGGGCUCGAGCCUGGAAUCUUACCCCUAGCUGAAUCAGAAUGCAUGAUGUUCUCGUCAGUUACAGGGAAGCGAGUGCUACCUAGCGAGCUCCUCGAUCCGGAGUACUGGGUAAAAAACAUGGUGUCGCAGGUUCGCUUUGUGGAUGCAAUGGCUACGCUUCUAGCCACAUCUCAUGGGAAAGUCGAACCGAGCCACUCUACGCAAUUCUCCCUUGAUAUGUUCGUGGAAAUAAGCCCUCACCGGAACUUACAACGUCCGGUCCUUGACUUAUUACAAGAAUCCCGGGGUCCUCAAGUCAAAUACACUCCUCUCAUGAUCAAAGGCAACGACUCAGCGGAAUCAACCAUGCGUGCACUCGGAGAAAUGGUAUGCCUUGGAUAUCCAGUGUGUCUGGAACGUGUCAAUCUCCUCGAGCAAGGCCCAAAAGCGCACUACAUGGCCUUACCAGACCUGCCCAGCUACGUCUUCGAUCAUUCCCACAAAUACUGGAAUGAGUCCCGGCUCAGCGCACGGUCGCGUCUAGGUGAUACCGGUAAACUUGAUCUUCUAGGAAAGCCGGUUGUAGACUGGAACCCGCUCGAGCCUCGGUGGAAGAACCGUCUUCGCGGGUCCGAGAUGCCAUGGAUCGAAGACCAUCUGGUCAAUGGGGUGAUGAUCUAUCCUGGGGCAGGCAUGCUUGUCAUGGCGAUCGAGGCGGCGAAUCAGAUCACAAAAGAGACUGAUGAUGUGAUCGGGUUUGAAAUCUCAGAUGUCCACUUUAAAAAGCCGCUGCAUAUCUCGGAGGAGCCGGAAGGUGUUGAGACGCAGUUGGUGAUCCAUUUGGCCCGAGACUCUGUAAAGCCUCUUUACCAGCCGUCUGAGUUCCGUCUGUUUUGUUACAGGAACGAUGUCUGGAACGAGUGCUGCCAUGGGUUCAUACGAGCAAAAUAUCGGGUUGAUGAGAAUCCAGUCACGAAUGGAGACGCUAAUUACAGUGAAUUAUCAACGCACCGGGAAGCUGCUGCUUCGAUUGAAGGAUCUUGUCAAACAGCGAUUGACCGGAUUAAAUUCUACUCCGGUCUGAAGCAUAUAGGAAUGGUUGAGGGCCCUGCCUUUUGGCGAGUCAAGGAGGGAUCUUUUGACGAGCAAUAUCGCGUUAGGGCGAAGAUUGAACCAUUCCGAUGGCCUGAAAACAACUUUCCACAGCCUCACGUUAUCCACCCAACGACAUUGGACAGCAUCUUCCAUCUAGCACUUAUUGGCUAUUGUCGCAGCGGUGAAAGGGUUAUUCCCACUAUGAUUCCUUCGUCUCUUCGCCGACUCUUCAUCAGCAAGUCUGGGUUAAGCUAUCCCGACGCCGACGAAAUCCAGGAAUAUACCUGGCCAGAAACUACAGAUCGUCGUGGAGCUUCCUUCAGUGGAUUUGCUUUUGGCCAGGCCAAUUAUAGUCUGCUGGUGCAGUUUAGCGACCUGAGAUUGACUACCAUUGCAAGUUCUAAGGAUGAUUCUACCCGCGAUACAUCAGACGGUCUGCAGCUAGCAUAUCAAAUACAGUAUCGACCCGAGCCCGAUCUCUUGGACCCUAAAUGUCUUCUACGCAAUUGUCAACACAUAUCCGCCGGGGACGUCUCGGUAGCAGAGCGCUAUAUUGAUAUGCUCGCCCAUAAAAAUGGCGACCUUCGCAUCCUGGAGCUUAAUGCGGGGGAUCGAGCGCUGACGAAGAGCCUAUUACAUACGCUCUCUGUUCAUGACACAGCCGGUGAGCUAAUCUAUCCGAGAUAUUCGUCUUAUACUUUCGCUGCUCAUUCAGACGAGAUUCUCGAGGAGCGGAAAGGGGACCUUCAGCACUUUUCGUCCGUGAGGUUUGUUCUCUAUGGUCUCCCACAAGAUUUGACCAACCAAAAACAACAACUUGAAAGGCCUUACGAUAUUAUUGUCGUGCCUCAUCUGGCAGAGCAGAACAAAGCCGCACUACUAAACUUGAAAGACCGCUUUUCUCCCACCGCAAAGUUGCUAGUUUACGGUGUCCCAAAUGACGACGCCAUGCCGGUCUGUGAAUACGAUCUGCAAUCGAAAGGUUCCAUGUCAGAAAAUAUGUCACAGUCUACUGUGCAGGCUAAUCACUCCGGAUCCGUCAGUUCGAAAACCCAUCGGACGGACAAACAAAUAUUCUUUAUCAUGGGUGCGACUUCGGCGGUGCAAACCCUGGCUUCUCGUUCUCUGAUCACGCAUUGGGCAAAUCGAGACAUUACUAACGUCCGAACUGGGAGCCUAGAAGAGGCCAUAACUGUGGAGGACGUUGUUAACAUCAUCUUCGUGGUUCUCCUGGAGUUGGACCGACCGUUUCUUUACAGCAUUGGCCACGAGGCAUAUAAUACCCUCAACGCGUUUUUCCAGAAAGCGACACAUGUGCUCUGGCCGACAUUUGCCGGUGGAACAGAGGCUGGAAAGCCCGAGUAUUAUUUGAUUCACGGCUUGACUCGCGCUCUUCGCCACGAGUAUCCUGCGCUGAAUGUAACCGUUGUUGCGCUCGAGGAGACAAGCGAUCAGUGUCUUUCUGAGUGGCAAUUGGACUCGCUGACCCAGCUGCUUUUUGACAAGCACGCGUACCCGAAGCCUUCUAUCAUUGAUUCAGAGUUCCUCGAAUUAAACGGAUCUUUGCAAAUCCCUCGCAUUGUCCCCUCUGCAACAGUCACGCACGAGCUCACAAAAAGAUGGACACCCAGCCACUCCGGCAUCAAAAUGAUCAAAGAAUGUCCACCACUAGUGCUCACCCUCAGCUCCGUCGGCAUCCUCGACUCCCUCUGCUUCUCGGAAGACGCCAACCCCCAUACACCCCUCGCCGCGGACGAGGUCGAAGUCCAAACGCACACGAUCGGCAUGAACUUCCGCGAUCUCCUCGUCGCGAUGGGCCAGAUCCCCGACGCGCCGAUGGGCCAGGAGUGUGCGGGGGUUGUUCUGCGCGCCGGCGCAAAUACAUCCUACCAGUCAGGCGAUCGGGUGAUUAUCGCAGCCCCUUCGACGUUUAAAACGAUCGCCCGCGGAAAGAUGGUCGUGGGUAUACCAGACGACAUGUCCUUCGCCACUGCGGCCGCCAUCCCAGCUCAAUUCGGCACAGCCUGGGAAGCCAUUCAUUAUCUGGCGCGCCUGGAGGAGGGCGAAACCAUCCUCAUCCACGCUGCGGCCGGCGGCACCGGACAGGCAGCGGUCCAAAUCGCGCAGCUUGUCGGCGCAACAAUCCUGGCCACAGUGGGAUCUGUCGCCAAGAAAGCCCUCCUGAUGGAUCGAUACGGGAUCCCCGAAGACCAGAUCUUCUACAGCCGCGACACAAGCUUCGUUUCUGGUGUCAAGCGUGCGACGGCCGGACGCGGCGUCGAUGUAGUUCUGAAUUCUCUAGCUGGGGACGGCCUCCUCGCUUCUUUGGACUGCAUUGCGCCCGGGGGGCGAUUCAUCGAGAUCGGACGGAAGGAUAUUGACUCGAAUUCGAACCUCCCUAUGUCUGCGUUGAGCAAGAAUGUCUCGUUCAUUGUCUUCGACGGGUCUGUUUUCUUGCGUCGGUAUCCGGCUCGGUGUCGGAGCAAUCUGCAACGCUUGGUUGAUAUGUUCAGUUGGGGGGAGCUGAGGCCCGUGGAGCCGUUCCAUGUGUAUGAUGUUGGGGAUGUCGAGACGGUGUUUCGAAAGGUGCAGAUGGGCGAGAGUAUGGGCAAGUUUGUUUUUGAAGUGACUCCUGAAUCGAGGGUGCAGGUCACGCUCAAUACACGACCAAGCUUCUACAUGGACCCCAAUGCAACAUUCGUCCUCGCGGGCGGGCUCGGGGGCAUCGGACGGGCGACAGCGCGAUGGAUGGCUGCACGCGGCGCAAAGAACCUCAUCUUACUCUCUCGAUCCGGGCCUCGGACCGACGUCGCCCAUGAAUUGAUCAACGAGCUACAAACCGCAGGGGUCCGAGUAGAAGCACCAGCCUGCGACAUCACGAACCUCGAAGCCAUGAAAGCCGUCUUUGACCGGCUCUCGUCCUCAAUGCCUCCUAUCAAGGGCGUAAUCCAGAUGUCCAUUAUCCCCAAAGACCGCCUCUUCUCCGAAAUGCCCUACCCCGACUUCAAACCCUCUGUUGACUGCAAAUCCCUCGGCUCCUGGAACCUCCACACUCUCCUCCCAGCCGGCAUGGACUUCUUCAUCCUCCUGUCCUCCGCGUCCGGCCUCGCCGGCAUAAAAGGCCAAACGAACUACGACGCUGGUAACACCUACGAAGACGCACUCGCGCGGUACCGCGUCUACCACGGCGAAAAAGCCACCGCGCUCGACCUCGGCGCGAUGGUCGACGACGGGAUCUUAGCAGAACAUCCGAGCUUGCUGCGGAGGGUUCUUGCCUACGGUACGCUUGAGCCAAUUACGCGGGCUAAGUUCUAUGGGAUCUUGGAUUAUUGUUGUGAUCCGGACAGGGGGUUAGGAACGCCCCGAGAGGCGCAGAUUGCGUUGGGACUAGGGGCGGGUGGGGGUGAUGGGCUCGAGAGUAUUGAUUAUCAGAGGCAGCCGAUGUUGCAGCAGCUUAGGAUUGCGGGGGAUUGGAGGCGUGGGGAUGGGGAUGGUAAGGGGGGGAAGCAGAUUGUUGUGAGUAAUAGGGAACGGCUGGCGGUGGCAGAGGGUUUGGAGGAUGCGAAGGAGGUUGUUGUUGAGGCGAUUGUGAAGAAGUUGGCGAAGUCGUUGAUCUCGAUGCAGGAUGGUUCGUCGGUUGAGAGGGACAGACCGCUGUCGGUACUGGGGGUGGAUUCUCUUCUGGCGAUUGAGCUGCGGAAUUGGAUUGUGAAGGAGUUCAGGGUCGAUCUGGCCGUUUUUGAGACUCAGGGGUCGUCGACGCUGGAGACGUUGAGUCUGUUGGUGGCGCGGCGCAGUAUUGAGGAAGAAGAGAGGUAG